AUAGAAAGGUCCCCCCACACACACUCCUUGAAAAGAAGGGGUGGAGGGAGGAGGGGGGAGAAAAAUAUAAUACAAGAGGCUCCCGGCAGGCAGAUCAAUGUGGAGCCGGUAAGGCGCUGCGACCGGCCCGCCAGCAUCCCGCCGGCAGUCGCGGCCGCAGCCGGGAGGACGAGCGCAGCCUCCCCAGCGCGGAAGAGGCCAAAGAGAAGGAGAUCUGACUUGUGGAGGGACUUCAGUCUGGCCUGUUAUUCUUGGAAGACUGGGGAAAUGAGGGCAUAUCCUCCCUGCCCUUAUAGUCUGCAACUGAAGACACCUUUCAGGAGGCUGUGAGGGCUGCUGAAGAUGUCCGAUAGUCUGGAUGUUGAAGAGAAACCUCCAGCCCCACCGUUGAGAAUGAACAGCAACAAUCGCGAUUCUUCAGCGCUAAACCACACUUCAAAACCGCUCCCCAUGGCCCCUGAGGAGAAGAACAAGAAAGCCAGGCUUCGCUCCAUCUUCCCAGGAGGAGGGGAUAAAACCAACAAGAAGAAAGAGAAAGAACGCCCUGAGAUCUCUCUUCCUUCCGACUUUGAACAUACCAUUCACGUGGGAUUUGAUGCCGUCACUGGAGAAUUCACAGGCAUUCCAGAGCAGUGGGCCAGGCUACUACAGACCUCCAACAUAACAAAACUGGAGCAGAAGAAGAACCCACAAGCUGUUCUAGAUGUUCUAAAAUUUUAUGAUUCCAAAGAAACAGUUAACAACCAGAAAUACAUGAGCUUUACGUCAGGAGAUAAAAGCGCCCAUGGAUACAUAGAAGCCCAUCCUUCGAGCACAAAAACAGCAUCAGAACCCCCGCUAGCUCCCUCUGUUUCUGAGGAAGAGGAUGAAGAUGAUGAAGAAGAGGAAGAUGACAAUGAACCACCACCUGUUAUCGCACCACGGCCUGAACAUACAAAAUCAAUCUACACACGCUCUGUAAUUGAACCUGCCGCUGCACCAGCACCAGCUAAAGAAGCCACCACUCCCCAACCUGAAAACUCAAACACAAACACUUUGUACAGAAACACAGACCGGCAGCGAAAAAAAUCCAAGAUGACAGAUGAGGAGAUCCUAGAGAAACUGAGGAGCAUUGUGAGUGUGGGAGAUCCUAAGAAGAAAUACACUCGAUUUGAAAAAAUUGGCCAAGGGGCAUCAGGAACUGUGUAUACAGCAAUCGACAUCGCCACAGGACAGGAGGUGGCCAUAAAACAAAUGAAUCUCCAACAACAGCCCAAAAAAGAACUAAUUAUUAAUGAAAUCCUGGUCAUGAGGGAAAAUAAGAAUCCCAAUAUUGUUAACUAUUUAGACAGCUACCUAGUCGGUGACGAACUCUGGGUAGUUAUGGAAUACUUGGCUGGAGGCUCUUUAACUGAUGUUGUUACAGAGACAUGUAUGGAUGAAGGCCAGAUAGCAGCUGUCUGUAGGGAGUGCCUGCAAGCACUGGAUUUCCUUCAUUCAAACCAAGUGAUUCACAGAGACAUCAAAAGCGACAAUAUUCUUCUCGGAAUGGACGGAUCUGUCAAAUUGACUGAUUUCGGCUUCUGUGCUCAGAUCACCCCUGAGCAGAGUAAACGGAGCACAAUGGUCGGGACUCCUUAUUGGAUGGCACCAGAAGUGGUGACAAGAAAAGCAUACGGCCCCAAAGUGGACAUCUGGUCACUUGGGAUCAUGGCAAUAGAAAUGGUGGAAGGAGAACCUCCUUACCUUAAUGAAAAUCCUCUCAGGGCGCUGUAUCUGAUAGCUACAAAUGGGACACCGGAGCUGCAGAACCCCGAGCGACUGUCUGCUGUGUUUCGUGACUUUCUGAACUGCUGCCUGGAGAUGGAUGUGGACAGGCGAGGGUCUGCCAAGGAACUUCUGCAGCAUCCAUUUUUAAAAUUAGCCAAGCCUCUCUCCAGUCUGACUCCUCUGAUCAUUGCAGCAAAGGAAGCGAUUAAGAACAGCAGCCGCUAGUGCUUCAGGCCGGCUUUCUCCCAUGCCAGCUCAGAGCAGGACUGAGAACAAAAACUCUAUAAAACCUCAACUCUUGUGCUGCAGGACAGAUGGAUGGAUGAACAAACCAACGGUCACAGUCACGGUGGUAGGAGGGACAACAGCCCAGUCCCUCAAGGAGUAAAAAAUUAUCAUUUGUCUUC